UCAAUUACGUACAUUGCGUGGAUUUGGAUUUUCCUGCAGUAUAGUAAUGGAGAUCCUGCAGGAUACGCUUUCAUAGUAGCUCAGCUUCAAUGUUCAUGUGUUGAACUUGAUUGUUCGAAUUCACAUCUUUGUUUCUUCAAGAUGGCAACUGGACAACUGUUCUCCCGCACCACACAAGCAUUGUUUUACAACUACAAGCAACUUCCCUACCAGCGGAUGCUUGAUUUUGACUUCCUUUGUGGUAGGGAGACUCCAUCAGUUGCUGGAAUCAUCAAUCCUGGUUCUGAGGGAUUUCAGAAGCCCUUUUUUGGUCAAGAUGAAAUUGCCAUCCCAGUGCAUUCUACGCAUCUCUGUGUAGGCUUAUUUUGCAGCAUUGAGGCAGCUUGUGCUGCACAUCCUACUGCUGAUGUCAUCAUCAAUUUUGCAUCCUUUAGAAGUGCUGCUGCUUCAUCCAUGUCCGCAUUGAAGCAGCCAACAAUUAGAGUGGUUGCUAUUAUUGCUGAAGGCGUACCUGAGUCCGACACUAAGCAUUUGAUUGCAUAUGCCCCGUCAAACAAUAAGGCGAGAAGAGAAAUGGAAAUUCAUACUUACACAAACAAAUGGCUAAAAAAGGAAUGUAGCCCGGCAAAUUAAUUUCACUGCUGAUGCUAUGGUAGGUUGUUAUAGGCCCAGCCACUGUUGGGGGUAUUCAAGCUGGCGCUUUUAAGAUAGGUGACACAGCUGGAACAAUUGACAAUAUAAUUCAAUGCAAGCUGUACAGGCCUGGAUCUGUUGGCUUUGUUUCUAAAUCUGUAUGUAUCUAUUACUUUCCUUUCUUUGCGUUUCUUGACAAACCUCUUUUUUGAUCUUGUACAAACCCUGAAAUUUCCCAUAAUCAUGUUGUGGGCGUAUUUUGUAUGUGUUUGCAAGUAUGCACUUUUUACUUUUAGAUAUCAUGCCUGGUUUAUCCAUCCUUGCUCUCUACUCACA